AUGUUAAUGAAGUUUGGUGAUGUUAAUCAAGCUGAAGUUCUUUUUAAAAAAAUUCAAAAAAAAACUUUAGUUACUUAUGGAGCAAUUAUGCAAGGUUACGUUACGAAUAAUUUAUUUGAUAAUGCAUUAGAUUUUUUCGAAAAAGUUCCUUUAAGAUCCAAUGAAGUUUUAUAUGCAAUUGUAUACAAUGCAUGUGCUUCAUUAUCGAAUGAAAAAGGCAUUAGAUUGAGAAAGACAUUUUUUCAUGAAAUGCCAAAGGCAUUUCUUCAUGAUAUUGUUUUAGUUCACUCAGCAAUUCAUAUUUUCAUGAAAUUUGGCGAGGUAGAAACUGCUGAAUAUGUUUUCUCACAAAUUAAACAACGAAAUUCGUAUACUUAUGGAGUGAUGAUCAAUGUUUAUAAAAUCAAUGAGGAACCACAUAAAUGUUUAUCGAUUUUCAAACAAAUGAAAACAGAAAAUUUGACAAUAAAUGAACCUAUAGCGAUAUCUUUAAUUGAAGCAUGUCCUCGAAUAGGUAUACGUUCAAUUUCUCAAAAUAUUCUUCGUCAAAUUUCUCAUUCACACUCCAAUACUUAUAUAGACAAUUCUUUGAUCGAUAUGUGGGGUAAACCAGAUGAUAUUAAUAAAGCCGAACAAAUAUUUCACUCGAUUUCUCAGCCUGAAAUUAUUAGCUACAAUUCGAUGAUAAAUUCUUAUGCACGACAUGGAAUGGGCUAUGAAGCAAUUGAUUUAUACGAUAAAAUAUCGGAGAACAUUCGUGAUAAAAUUUCACAUAUUUGUGGUUUGAAUGCUUGUUCUCAUUCAGGUCUUAUUAAUCAAGCUCAAUCUAUAGUCAAUAAAAUUGAAAAGAAAACAGAAGAUAUUAUUGUUACAAUGAUUCGUUUAUUGAUUAUAAAUAGAUAA